AGGUCCAAGCAGUGCUGCUGGGGUUUUCCUGACAAGGUGUCAUCAUCAACGGAAGCACAGAAAGUAACAUUAAGGAUGAAGAUAAUUAUCAGUCUGACAAUCGCAGUUGUGCUUUUAAGCACCUGUCAGGGAAUGGCUCGACGCGGCUCAGGAUCGCCUCAAAAUCCUUCGAUGUUGUCGACCAAUGGUAGAUGUGGACCUAAGUUCGAAAACCGUGAAUGUCCAAUCGAUUCGCUUGUACCUGGCUGGAUUUCUGUGACCCCAUGCUGCGGUGAAAGUGGAUGGUGUGGCAACUCCCCUGAGCAUUGCAAGUACAUCGAUUACAGAAAGCCUGAAUCUCUAAAACAAACAGCAUGCAGGGAACUAGAAGAUGAAGAAAGGGCUAUUCGUCAUAGGAUAAAAGAGAAAAAGGAAGAGUUGAAAUGCAGAAAUGAUAGGGGUCAAGGGUCAUAUGUAAGACCUGGAAGUAAUGGUCAGUUAGCUGGAAGUUUUGGUUUUGGACCUGGACCUAAUGGUUUUAAUCUUGGUUUGGGCUAAAGACCAUUUUGAGGAGCUAAAGAUCAGAAAGAGCAGGCAAUGGAACUACAGCGUGGAAUGAAGGCAAAGUUACAACAAAUCAAAGCAAGACUCAUUAACUAACAUCAUCAAGAAAUUCAGGAAAGACACGUCCUUAGUGCAUCUAUUUAUUCUACGAGACAUUUAAGAAGCUUCAGAAAGUAAAGUGAAAACAUUACAAAAAUAAACAUUUUUCAUAAAUCAAAUUAACAAUAUUACGUAAAAUGAAAAAGUAUACAAAUAAACGAUUUUCGCAUGCAUAUAAAUGCCUUACAAGUUAUCUGUUCUCUUUAUCACAUCAAACAUCUU